GAAGAAAAACAACAAACUUCGUCUCCAAAUUUCCCGAGUUUUCAUCUUUUCCAGCAACUCGUAGCGACAAAAGGAACGUUUUUCGUGUCAAUUGAAGAACAUCUCGUCAUUUUUUCGUUGAACGUGUCGCAAAGAACUCCGUAAAACUGGAAAUUACCGACAAAUUAAGGAACAAAAUGUCGAAGCACGUCUAUUCGACUGCUAAUUUGACGGAUACAGAGCUAAAGGAUCAAGGCAAUCGCCUUUUUUCUGCUCGCAAAUAUGAGGAAGCUGUAAAUUGUUACACGAAGGCAAUUAUUAAAAAUCCGACAAACGGGACUUAUUUCACGAAUCGCGCUUUGUGUCACAUCAAGAUGAAGCGAUGGGAAAGCGCCUGUCAGGAUUGUCGAAAAGCCCUCGAGAUGGAUCAAAAUCUCAUCAAAGGUCAUUUUUUUCUGGGAUUGAGUCUGAUGGAGUUGGAGUACUACGAUGAGGCGAUAAAACAUCUGCAGAGAGCACACGAUUUAGCAAAGGAACAACGCUUGAAUUUCGGAGACGAUAUCGCGUCGCAACUACGUCUCGCACGUAAAAAGAAAUUCCAGAUUCAAGAAGAGAAACGAAUUUGUCAAGAAAUCGAGUUGCAGAGUUAUUUGAACAAAUUGAUGCAAGACGAUUUAGAAUCAAGACUGUCCAAAAUUAAACUAGACGAGAACGAGAAUGAGGAAAAAAUUAAAGAAAAAUGCGCAGAAUUGGAAGAAGAAUUCAAAAAUCGCAAAACGGAAUUAAAUAAUAUUUUUGCGAAAGUCGAUGAAAAACGUCGAAAACGCGAAGUUCCCGACUACUUAUGUGGCAAAAUCAGCUUUGAAAUACUUCAGGAACCUGUCGUUACGCCAUCGGGCAUCACGUACGAGAGAAAAGACAUCGAGGAGCAUUUGCAACGUGUGGGUCAUUUUGAUCCCGUUACUCGUGUUAAAUUGCAGCAAGAUCAAUUAAUUCCGAAUUUCGCGAUGAAAGAGGUUAUUGACGCGUUCUUGGCGGAAAAUGAAUGGGCACUUGACUAUUGA